AUGACAAAAGGAACAUCAUCUUUUGGUAAACGACAUAUAAAAACGCAUACACAAUGUCGACGCUGUGGCCGUCGAUCUUUUCAUAAUCAAAAAUCGAGGUGUGCUUCAUGCGGUUAUCCUGCAAGUAAAAUGCGUCGAUAUAAUUGGUCAUUUAAAGCAAUUCGAAGAAAAACAACAGGAACAGGACGUAUGAAACAUUUAAAACAUGUUUAUCAGCGCUACAAAAAUGGAUUCCGUACAGGUGAAACACCACGAAAAACACGUCUUGAGUCAUAG